ACGGUGUUUGGCGAAUGUCUCUGCUGACGAGAAUCUGGUUCAAUAAAAUGCAUGUUGCACGUCUUCAGACGAUUGUUACGCUGUAAUGAAAAAGUAAAAAAUAAUAGCAUAUUGUUGGCUGUCGUCUGGUUUUAUAAGCCGAAGAGUGCUACAUUAGCUAGCUGUUAGAUAGCUAACGAUAACCAGGUCCAUCUCUAAUUCAUAAGAUGUCUGUUCAAGAGUCGCCUCGUACUUCUGAUGAAGAGGAGGCUUUCUACGUGCAGUGUAGGGCCGCAUACCUGGCUGUGUUCAAAUCUAGUUUGACAAAUAUUGCCUCGAAACAGCAGCUAUGUCGUGCUCUACAGCAUGCUGGGAGAAAUCCAGCCCAUGCAACUCUCAAUAAAUACUGGACCCCGAGAACAUCCAAACUGAACUUUGACGACUUCUGUGAGAUUCUGAAAAAUGAGAAGAAAACUGAGGAAACUGAGCUAAUGAGAGCGUUCAAAAAGAUGGAUUUGAACAGUGAUGGCUACAUCUCACACAGUGAACUGGAAAAGGCCCUUACCACAAGAGGAGAGAAAAUGACCACUGAAGAGGUGAAUGCUAUUUUUUCAUUGGCUGACAUCAACAAAGACGGCAAACUGGACUAUGCAGAAUUCUGCAGAUUGCUUGUGUCUACAGUAGAGCAGUGCCAGGUGGCUGCUUUGGAGAGGCUCGAGGCAAAUGCCAAGCUGAAGAGACAGAACUUUGGCAGUCAGUCAUACAGCCCUCCAAAGAGCUCAGUGUCGUCAGCAUCAUCGUCAUCAGCAGCAGCAGCAGCACAAGCAGCAGCGACUCUCCCUCAACCUCUAGAAACACCCCGGGCAGAAUCAGACACCACACUCAAGAAAGACAGCAGAUCAUCCUCCCGUCCUUCUUCUGCUCGCAGCAGACGGUCGUCCCUGUCGAACUCAAUCACUAUGACAUCCAGCAGCACUAAGACCAGCAAAAUACCAGAGCCUUCAGGCUUACAGGAGUGGCAUCACAGUUAUAUGAAGGGCUGUUUCUUCUUGGAGGAUGAUGGGAGUAUCAGCUCUCUGCAGUACCAGCUCAACGUUCCCCAGACGACCAACGUCUACCUAACCAUCCAACCAUUCAGCCUCAGCCACGGACCCGACAAGCCGUCUCCAUGGAUGAUAGUGGACACGGCUCUUUUUGCAAUGGCUGCUGGUGAAACAAAAGAGGACUCAACUUUAGUGUGUUUCACCGAGUCAAAAGACAAAGAAAAAUAUAUUUGGAAAGGAGAAUUGCAUGCUGGGACUUAUUACCUGCUUCCCUUCACUAGUGGAUGCAAACUAAAGAAAAGGAGCAAAAAGAGCCUGUCUAAUAAACCUAUAGAGCUCGUCUGCAGGACUGACACUGGAGAGCUAGACCUCACCAGAGAACUCAGGGAGGUGCUGUCUGACAUCUUUGAGGUGAUAGACCUGGAUGGCAAUGGUUUGCUCAGUCUGGAGGAGUACAAUUUCUUUGAGCUGAGGACCAGUGGAGAGAAAUGUGACAAGGAUGCCUGGGCUGUCUGCAAAGAGAACUUUGAUAUGAGGAAGAACCAGCUGACACGGCAGGGCUUUAUGGAGCUCAACCUGAUGGAGGCCACAGAGAAAGACGGAGACCCUGCAGACUUGUGGGUCACCCUGGAAGCCAUGGGCUACAACCGAAUGCUGGAGCUAGUAGAUGCUUGUCCAUUCCACAUAGAUGUACACUGUGAAGGCACUCAGCCAUCCAUCCAGCCGCUCAGUAUGGACUCAGGGCCCAAGCUUCAGAACCAGGCCCUCCAGAAGUCCAUCACAGCCAGGACAGCGGCCAAAGCACUGAGAGGACAAGACAACGUCUUCAUCUACACCUACCGAGGAGAACACAGGAUCUCCUCGCUCAUAGCCAACAAGACCAACCAGAAAGUGACUGUCCAUGUAAACAGUGAGCAGAGCAGGAACUGCUGCAGCAGCAGAGGCAUGAGUGUGUUCGCUGUCGAGGUGCCUGCCAGGACUAAGAUGGUGUGCCAACACAUUCUGCCCAUUAAUGAGAGACAGGAUUGGACCUACAACUGUGUAGAGACCAUACUACCCUGCACGUGAAGCUGUACUCCCAUCACUCAACUACACUAGUGAUAGAUUAUUCCUAAACCAGUGGUUUCAAAUAGGGUACACAACAAAUAGAAACUGUUCGAUAUCCACGGGCAAUAUGAAAACUUUCGUCCGGCCAAAUGUGUAUUUUAGGUCCAGAAGUACCACGGCCUUAUCCUUCAACUUUUAGAAGCCCCACGUUCAGAGCUUACCUGUGAGUUUAAUAUAAAGCCUUAUAUGUCAGACACCAGGAGCUGAGACUCUCCAGCAGCUUGAUCAGGUCCAGCUGAAAGAACGGUGAUUCAGAAGCUCAGUGACUCGAUGCAUCAGAGGUGUUAACCAUUGAUGGCAGCUAGAGAUGGUAACUCUAGUCAUAAUAUGCAGCUGGUAAUGGCUGUUACUUCUUUUGUUGUGCCUUUGACAUGCUUCAGUUAGUGUAGAGAAUUUCUAAAUUCUAUUUACAGAUAUUUACACUUUUAAUGUUUAGAAUGCAUAGAUCAGGGACGAUAUUGCCAAACCACAUUUUAAUAAAAAAUUAUUCCUUUAAUUGAUAGAUAUUGUUAAGGUGAAUUAACAGUUAUUCUUAUAAUUUAAAAAAAAAAAAGUCUACUAUUGUGUCUGAUGCUGUCCUUUUACUGUAUGUAACCUCAACACACAUUUUGUAGUAGCCAUGGAAAUUAUUCUAAAAUAGAUUGCUAUUUACCAUACUCAAUUCUGUAAAUGUUUGGCUUAUGCAUCACCACACUGUAAUCAUAAUAAAAUUAAAGAGGAUUUUCACCUUUUUAGCUGCUUUUUUCACAUCACUGCAUACAGUCAUGUAAUAUAGGCCAAAACAA